AUGAUUGAGGUAAAGAGUUUGUUUGUUUCCAUUAUGUACAAGGUUGGCGUGAUCAUGGCAGAAGCACCUCCAGCAGGAUAAAGAGGUUAAAAAAAGGGGGAAGGCUGGGUCUUGGGAAACUCUUCAGCUGCUGAUGGGCCGGAAGAAAAAGGGGAGUACUGGGGGAGCAGCACAGAGUGGCAGCAGUGCUGCAGCUCAUUGGGGACCUCUGCAGGUGAUAGAGCUCUAUUGA